CGGCGACGAUUUCAGCAGCCCUGUCAAUCCGGCGCGGCUGCCUGAUAUCACAAAGCAGGUGUACCGGCGACGCGAGAUCCUUGCCCCUGAGCACAUCUACUUGCUCAAGGAGCUGUUCAAGCUGCUCUCACACUUGCUGCAGCAGCCGACGUACCACGACAGGCUGCGCAACUUGAUUGAAACCAACCUCCCCCAGACCAUGCGCACUGUCGUCACGCACCCGGCAGCGUUCGGCGGAAACAUUUACGGGCUGGUUGUCUCGAUAACCUCCAUGCUGAUUCACAACGAACCCACCAGCCUGCCGAUUAUCCAGGAGGCGGGUCUGCCCGAGGCGCUGCUGGAAAAUCUGGAGACCCGCCUGCCUUACAACGGCGACGUCGUCAUGAAUAUCCCGGGUGUUUUAGGGGCCUUCUGUUUGAACGAGGCGGGUAUGGAGCAGUUCCGCAAGUCAUCGAUCGUCCCCAAGGUCCUGAGCGCCUUUUCUGACCCCGACUUUGUGCGUGUACUGCAAGAGGGUGAUGUGCCGGGCUCAUUCGGCGCGGCACUGGACGAGUUUAUGCGUCACUUCCCAGCAGUCAAGGAGGAGGUCAUGGAUGAGGUCAUCCGGAUGCUCCAAAACGUGGUCAAAAUGGGCACCAGCGAGUCACCACUGACCGAGCUCGGGCCUGGCAAUACGUUCUUGCUGCGUUCGGCGCAGGAGAGCGAGAUUAAAAGCUACCUCGACGACUACUACGGCAUGAUGCUCGAGUCAGCGACCACGUUUCUCGAGGGCCUGCUCGAGCAGCGCUCGCACAGCCAGCUGUUCCUCAACAAGGACGGCUGGGACAUUGUCGUCAAGGCCAUGCGCUCGCCGCUGCUGCCAUUUGACUUUGUCAAGUCGCGCACAUUCAAGUCGCUGCACGGGCUGGCGAGCACGCUGAUUGACACGUCGCAGGAGAAGGUGUAUAAGGCGCUGUUCAGCGAGCUCAGAGAGUGCCUGGCGCUGCCACUAGCCGUAGCAUACCAGAAGCCGUCAACCAGCGGCGAAAGUGAUUCGCUCGACAACGUGGCUGCCUUUUUGGCGCUCAGCGACCCGACAUCGUUAUCUGCGGAUGAGUACGCCUCGGUGCACAUCAAGCUGCACAAUACCAUCAGUGCGGCAGGACUCGUGGCACUGAUAGCCAACAUGGCUGGUGGAUUGAACGGAGGGUCGCUUACGCGCAGCCUGAAGGACCUUUCCGACGUCAUUGCGGCCGACGACUUUGUCGAUCUCGUCAAGUCCAUUUGCGCGCUUUACUGCGGUAGCAUUAAGAAGGCUGUGGCCAUCGAGCAUGCGCUCACACUGCUGCCUGAGAUCAGUGACGACAAGAAGGCCGACGGCAAGAUCUCGUCUGCAAACCCUGCCUCGAGCCAGGCGCAGGCGCAGACGCAGGCAAUGGAUGUCGACUCGGGCACACCCACACCUGCGGCUAUCGAGCCUUACAUUCGGUUCAACAUGUCCAGCCUCUCGGAUGUCAUUGUCACGCUGACAGUCCAGACGGGAGACCUCAUUGAGUGCCUGUCGAACAGCCUGGGCCUGACCACCAAGGCGACAACGGAAGGCGCACCGCCGAUUAAGCUUGGCUCACCGAUGGCCAAGGCGCUGACCGACUUUGUCUUUGAACUGCUGCGUCUCUGUAAACCAGCCGAACACAUGAUCACAGCUGCGCAGCUGGUAGACCAAGUCAUGAUAAUCAUCAUGAAGACUAUGGUGUUUGCGCGCCACCGCAUCUACCUCAAGCUGCGCGUCUUCAUGAUGUUCAUCGAACUCCACGGGCUGAAGGAGUUCUGCCAGCAGCUUCAGUACAUGUGGGACUGGGCCGUUACAAUCCCUGCUGUUGAGGCUGCCGCGUUGGACAAGGCGUCCGACGCGGCCAAGCCUGCUGAUCCGAACGCCGGCCUGCAGCAGAUCAUGAACAAUGCGCUGGAGAGCAUGCUGUCAAUCCUGAGCUUCAUCGUCGAUGGCGAGCCGCUCAUGGAGUCUCCCGAGCUGCCGGCGCUAUGUAAGGGGCACGAGGAGCAGCAGUGCUGGUUCCGCAUGAGCGACUUUAUGGUCGAAGUGCGCCUGCAAGCCCUGCCCGCCUUGCAGCACAUCUGGGAGUCGCAGCUGCUGUUCACGGGAAGCAACAACCUGAUGAUGGCGUUCAUGUCCUGCUUGGCACCGGUGCUCAACGCGCAGCAUGAGACACGCACCAACUCGUCGCGGAUGGGAUUCCGGGCGCACUUCCCUGGGCUUGUCGAGCGCCGGCGUGUCGGACAGCCUGCUGCUGCCUCUGCAGGCGCUGCCGGCCGCGGAUCUGGAGCACAGACGCCCAUACCAAUGUUGGGGCGCGCCCUGGGAGCGGUUGAGCGGUCAUCCCCGCUGGCGCAAACUCCCAUCCAGCCGCUCUCCGCCGAAUCUUUGGAGAUGGAGACACAGCAAAGCAACAACGAUACACCUGAAGCCACCCCUAGUGUCAUUGCAGCACCAGCCGGUCCCAGCAACGACCAGAGCCAGGGCAAUGACCGCAGCAGCGAGGGCGAUUUCGCUACGCACAUGUCUAUCGACUCGGUCGAAUCGCCAGUCGUGCCACCCGCAUCUGUCGAUAAUGCCGAGGCAGCUGCCGUCGCUAUAACUGAGGCUGAGGCUGGCGAGCCAUCUGUGGCUCCGACGGGCAUCGAGCCCUACAACUUGCCCUCUUGGCGCGAAGCAAAGGACGCCGAAGAGACCGCCGAGCGCGAGCGUUUAAAGAAGAUCCGCGGCGCGCUCCGCGAUAACAUCACGCCGCGGGUGAUAGCUGUGGUCGACGAGUUCAAGAGCAAGGCUGUCGUGCAGGUCAAGAGCGCACUGGAGCUAGUGCUCCAAAUGGGCGACUCACUGGCGGACAUCAACAUGCUAAUGAACGCGUUUAAACCGCUUCUGGACUUUGCCAGUAACAUGGCGGGCGAUGCCGCCAGCGGUGACCUUGACGAGAGGCUCGCUGCGCACGCGUAUCUGUGGGCAGUUGUGCUAAGCAGCUCAGUGCUACUUGAGAACAUUUAUCCACAUAUGGGAUCGCUCAGCCCGCAUAUUUUGCGGGCCCUGGAGGCGGCAGCGCGGCGCGAAGGACGCUCGCCGCCUUGGUUGACCGCUCUGUUGCUUGUAGCAGAGCAGCUGUUGCAGCGUGACAUGCGGCCUGCAAAGGUCAAGCUGGAAAGCAAAGAGGAGUUCCAGCGCAUCGCCAAGCGUGGGCUGACCAAGCUGCCGCCGUCCAAGGAGCCCAUCGAUCCGAGCGUCGCGCCCGCCGAGUCCUCUGUUAGCAGGGAGGCCGAAGCAAUUAGGAGCAUGUUUGCACAGCCUUUACUGCAACGCUUGCAGCCACAGGGCUCGGCCUUUGAGCAGAUUUUGUUGGGCCACGAUGAGGAAGAGGAAGAGGAGAGGCGAUGACCUGUCUGGUGACGAUGCACAGGCGCAGCCAGGCCAACAGACCACUUCUGUAGCUGGGCCGGCCGAGCCAGCCAGCAGCAGCGCCGAUGCCAGCAAGCCACAGGCGUCGCCGCCCGACCCCGUGUUCAGCAUUGAGCAGCGAUUUGAGCUGCAACGUAUUGCGACCCUGUUUUUUGCUGCCCCAGUGCCCGAAUUCUCCGGUCGGCGCUCAACGCACUCAUGCGGCUGAUUGUCAUUCUUACACGCGAUCCACAGUUUGCCGUCGAAUUCCUCGACAGCGGCGCGCUGGCCAGCGUCGUGCGGACGAUGCGGACAAUGUCAACCGGAGAGCUGCCCAGCAUUAAGGCCACAGCCAAGGAGCGCACGCCGCUCGGAUUUGUCAACGCGCUCAUGAACGUCAACAAGG